GGGCGCGCCGUUCCGCCGGGCCAUCGACAUGGAGAAGCAGCGGCUGAUCGAGUCCGGCUUCGUUGUCCACUGGAUGAACGAGAUCAUCGCGGGCGCGGCGCGGGCGGCCCGGAGGGAGAACAGGGAGAGCGAGCGGGCGGGCGGCGGGGCGGCCUCAGACACGCAGAAUUUCAGGGUGGAUACCGGGAAGGUGGUGCUGAGCCUCCACCACCUGCAGGGCGUGUUCUACCUGCUGGCGGUGGGCUUCUCGGGCGCGUUACUGGCGCUCCUGCUCGAACUGCUGAUCCACUGCUGCGGCGGCAGAGUGCGUCUGGUGCAGAAGGCGAGCGGCGUCGGCGCUUAAGUGGCGGAGGAAUACGAACUCAGAGAAAAAAUACACGCGUGUGGAUGUAAACAUGCAGAGAUCUUUAUUUGCACGGGCGCACACAUAUACAUACACGCACCUAUACACUCACACACUCACACAAACAAACACACAUACACACAAACGAUGGCCUUUUCUCCUAAGGUUUCUUUUUCUUUUUACCUCUCAGCCGCGUUUCCUUCUUUUCGUAAACAAACAUCAUUCCACGCCUUACCUGCCUUGCUUUUGAACGUCGAUGACUCAGAGCCGACAACCGACAAUUCCUCCUCACUGCUCGAGAAUCGUUGCUAAAUCCCUCUUCAUCUCUUGUUAAUCUCUUUCACAGUUUGAAGAUCGGAUUUCCGACAUAAUGAAAAAAAGAAUAUCGCUAAUUCCCUUACCUCCAAAAUACACACAUUACGUAUCUAUCUAUCUGUCUUUUAAAAUCGUUGUUGGACAUAGGCCUUCCCCAAUCUGCGCCACCUCGUUAAGGUAUGAUUUGCAUCAUAGGAAGGAAUAUAUAUGCGUUCA